GAACCAGACCAGCUCUUUACUCCAGCUCCGUACCUGGACUCACCACAGCACCACAGUCUGAUCCGGAUCAAGUCCAGAAAGGAUCCACUCUGGACUCUUCCAGAUGCAAACAGCUGUUUCCUCAUUCCUGGGAUGUUUGUUCAAACUUCAUGUGACAAUGAUUUAUAUUCCUAGAAGCCUCAGAGGUGCAUUAAACUGAGUCUGCGCACUGUGAAGACAGUUCUGCACAAACUUUUCUGCGCACGUGCUCCCUGCUGAGGAUGUGAGUCGCGCGCUGCGGUCCAGGUGAGAUGAGACGAUGUCCUUUACGCACCGGCUCGCGCUGCUGCUGCUCUGCUGCUGCUGCAUCCACACGACAAACGGCAGGUUUCUACUCUGCCAGUUCGCCUGGGAGAUGGAGCGAGCCAGGACAGAGUGUCACACGCAACUGCAGCAAGAGACCCCCGAUAGCACAGGAUGUCACGGCGAGUGGGACAAUGUCUCUUGUUGGCAGAGCGCCGCCGUCGGAGAGGUGAUGACCCUCCCCUGCCCGUCCCCCAUCGUACGGCUGUUUGGGAAAAACGGUUUGAUCAGCAGGAACUGCACAGAGAGAGGCUGGUCGGACGUUUACCCCAUCAUCACCGCCGCCUGCUGGCCAGACGACACAGACGAACCCUCUGAGUCUCCCUCUCUCUCUCUCUCUCUCUGCACAGAUGCGUAUAAUGAGAACGACCUGAUGCUGUACUGGAAGAACGGGAACGACUCUCUGAGGACGGACGAGAUCGUCUUGUCUCAGUUCUUCAUCGAGCAUUUCCACGCCUCCAGUGGCCUGGCCUUCUACAGCAGCACCGGUUGGUACAACCGUCUGUUCAUCAACUUCAUCCUGCGGAGACACAUCUUCUUCUUCAUGCUGCAGACGUACUUCCCCACCAUGCUGAUGGUGGUUCUGUCCUGGGUCUCCUUCUGGAUCGACAGGAGGGCCGUCCCCGCUCGUGUGUCUCUGGGUAUCACCACGGUGCUCACAAUGUCCACCAUCAUAACCGGAGUGUCCUCCUCCAUGCCUCAGGUGUCGUACGUGAAAGCGGUGGACAUCUACCUGUGGACCAGCUUCCUGUUCGUCUUCCUCUCUGUGAUCGAGUACGCGGCCGUGAACUACUGCACCACUCUGGAGGAGAUGAGGAAGAUGAAGAGGGGGAAGAUCCCAUCCACGUACAACGCCAGCCAGGCGAUGGCCUUCGACGGCUGUUUCCACGACAAUGACAUGGAGCUGACUCCGUUCCCCCGCAUGGCACCCACCCUGACCUCUGACCCCCUCACCAGUCCACCCCAAAGCCCCGACAUCCGCCCCAUGGAGGGGACUCGGCUCCGGCGGCAGCGCUCUGUGCGGGAAAACGUGGACCUGCUGGUCAGCAACAGCUACAUGAUCGACUCGUACUCCCGCCUGGCCUUCCCGCUGUCCUACCUGCUCUUUAACGUCAUCUACUGGAGCCUGUACUCCUGAUCCUCCUGAUCCUCCACAUCAGGAGCUGAGCACGCAGCAGAGAGAGAGCCUCACUGACUCUUCUUAAUCACAGGAGCCGGGCAACACAUGGAGGAGAAAAGUCAGGACAACUUUAGGAGCCGAUAACUGACACGGGCCCUGAAGAACAUCAGAACAUUUGUGUUCCAGGGGUCCAGAAUCCCCGGCUCCAUCACUAAUCUUCUUCACAGCAGACAGAAAAACACUCCAGUGUCUCGGUGCAGGAACUCUAAACUGUCCUCGGUUGAAACUGGACGUUUGUCUCGUUGGAUUGGGUUGAAUCCUGACACAGAAACACAUCCUGAUAUCUUUUAAUAAUCUGAUCAUGUAACUCUGAUUUUCUGAUUGUUCAGGAUCAUGUAGGAGUGAAUCCAUGUGGACUUCAGGGCCAUGAGGAUAUGAUGUUUUGUAAGCCUGCUGGGGUCACAAAUAAAAACUACCACACUAAAGAA